AAAGUUCAUUGUUUUUUAUUUUUAUCUGGGAAAACCCUAACGGUCAACAAGAGCAAUUCGAUUAGUAGCAAAAUGUCUCUCGCUUACGUACUUGUGAUACUUUUGAAAUUUUUAAUAGUUUCUGGUAACAAAUGGGAUUGCGCUGACUACUACUGGAGGGACUACCAUGAAACCAUCCCCGACGAUGCAAUCCCUGCAGGUACAGACUCUCACGGAAAGCCUCUGUACAUCGGUCUGGCAUACGUCAGAGGAUACGAGCUGCUCCCAGCAACAAUUUUACCCUCCGAAAAACUCGCCCGCACAACAGCUUACGCAAAAGUUUUCAAUACAAGAGACAAUGUGAAAAUUCUUUGCAGUCCAUACCCGGAAGCUUUCGAGUGGAUUUCAAUCGAAAGUCGAGACUUGCACAAGUAUGGCAAGCAUAAUUUGAUACCUGGUGGCAGUGAAGUCGGCGAAAAUCUAUACAUUGGGCGGGUUUUCCGCGAUAAUGGUGUUAUCGUUGGGAAAAUUUUCAGGCACGAACGCCAAAAUAGAGGAAUCUGGUUUCCUCUAAAAAACACGCAUGGUAAUUCCCUCUCGUAUGAAAUCCUCAACUACAAUUGCGACAGUGCUAUUCCGAAAAUUGAUCCAAGAGUUAACGUGGAAUAAAAUAAAUACAUCAGA